AUUUGAUUCUAAACUCGUUUCAAAACUAGAGGGGGCAGUUUUUCGUUUUUGUUGCUAAUAACGAAUUUGGCCCCCAAAAUUUUUCGAAAUUAACGAAAAUUCGUUAUUUUCUAAAUUAAUUCGUUAAUGGCGGACGCGCAUACGCGGUGGCCCAAAAACAGCCCGAAGGGGGGGGACUUAGGGGGCUCUCCCGCCCUCAUUUUUUGAGUGAUCUUCUUCAAACUUGGUACAGUGGUAGAACACAUUUAACACUGAUAGCUCACCAAAAUGUGGAACGUUUCCCUUAUCCUCUGAUUUUUGGCAAAUUUUCAUAGCUUUUAUAAUAAACCAUUUUUUAAUAAUUGCAGAAAUCUGUUCCUGGUUUGAAAGUCUUAUUUCCUGUUAAAUUGGGUUGUCUUUACUGUGAAAGUCAUUGUUCUACUUCAGAAACUUUGUUUUUGUGGCUGAAACUUUGUUAAAUUGGUGUGUGUGUGAUAUAUAUUGUGUUCCCUGCUUGUGUGUGUGUGUGUGUGUAGGUAAAGGUAAAGGUAUCCCUUGACGUUAAGUUCAGUCAUGUCUGACUCUGGGGGUUGGUGCUCAUCUCCAUUUCUAAGCCCAAGAGCCAGUGUUGUCCAUAGACACCUCCAAGGUCAUGUGGCCGGCAUGACUACAUGGAGUGCCAUUACCUUCCCAGAAACACCCAGAAAAUGGGAAUUCCAGACAGGAAACAAUCAGGGCCAGCUAAUACCUCCCAACAAAGGAUUCCCCCAGGUAGGAAGCAGCCAGGCUUUGAAGCUGCAAGGCUAUUCAAUGCUAAUCAAGGUGACCAAUUGCAACAUUCACACUUGCCUCCCACAGACAAGAGUUCUUUCUCCCACCCUGGACCUUCCACAGAUAUAUAAACCCCACUUGCCUAGCUUCGCACAGACGUCAAAACCUCUAUGUCUGCCACAGAUGUGGGUGAAACGUCAGGAGAGAAUGCUUCUGGCACAUGGCCAUAGAGCCCGGAAUACAUACCACAACAGUGUGAUCCCGGCCAUGAAAGCUUUCGACAACACAACCACAGUAUCCAUUCAAGUUCAUGUAGCGUGGUAUGGACUGGAGACCUGUAUUGGGGGGAGGGAGGGUGCGAAUCUGGGCCCCUGGGAGCAGCCGAGGACGGGCCUGGCCCACACCCCCUCGCAUCCCAGGCCUCUUCCUCCUCACCGCCGGGCCCCUCUCGGUCUCUCCAGGCCUGAGCUGAGGCGAGGCGGCGGCGGCGGCCAUUUCCCCCCUCCGUCUUCCUCCUCCUCCUCGGCCUCCUUCCCCCUCGCCCCCUCCCAUUGGCUGAGCCUCCCAUUGGCUGAGGGGCAAAAGGAAAGGAGUUUGGGUGAUUUGCAAAAGCUUUUUUUUCUUAACGAAAAAAACGAAGAAAUAAGAAAAAACGGCCUCUUGCGAUUCGAAACCGCGAUAUCCAGACGUGUGGACAACCAAGGUUCUAUAUUGCUUCAAAACAAACGAAAAUAACGAAUUAAUAACGGGUAACGGGAAAAUCGAAUUAUUUGAGCAAGCCUAGUAACCUUACAUACAUGUACAGUUCCUCCAAAGUCUUGGCUGAGUAUAUAAUUCAGUUGCAGAAUGUCAAGCUUGGGAAAUGUAACCUUUUGGACUUCAGGUCCCAGUAUCUGGAUGUUGUACUUAAAAAAAAACCUUCCUAAUGUUUCCAGAUUUAGUGCAAUGGAUUUCUAGGAAGAACACUCCUCCCAGAAGCAUAGCCUCAUUCAAACUAAAAACCCACCUUGGAUGCAUCUACACCAGUGGUUCCCAACCUGUGGUCCGUAGACCACCAGUAGUCCCCAAUAAGUAAAAUAUGAUCCACGUCCUCACCAUUACUACACAGUUGCAGCGGGAGUGACUGGUCUCGCAAAACCCUCUUAUAGUGCUUAGGAACAGAGAUGUCAGGAGGGGAGAGGCUGACUACACAUGAAAGGCAUGAUAACAAGCCUCCUGACUGCUGCUUCUCCUCCUCCUCCUUCUCCCUGAGUGGAGCCAUUCCAUGUGGCACCUAGAAGCAGGGGCGCCUUGGUGUCUUCGUUUUUAGGCCUGUUCCUGGGGUUAUUUGGGGUGCUGGUUCAGAAAAUUGCAUUGGAUAGACCACAUCAUCUCUAGAUUAUUAAAUAUGUUUUUCUGUCUGGAUGGCAUAUAUUCUGUAUCAGAAACUAGAAACUAGAGCUGAUGUGGUCUAUCCAAUGCAAUUUUCUGAAUCGGCACCCCAAAUAACUAAAGCGAAUCUGAAAACUGAAAAUUGAUUUGUAAUUCUUUCAGUACUAAUGUUGGAGAGUGGUCCCUGGUCAAAGUGGACCCUGAUCAAAGUGGUCUCAGGUCAAACUGGUCCCUGGUCAAAAAGGUUGGGAACCACUGAUCUACACUAUAGAAUUAAUGCACCACUUUAAUUUGUCUCAAUGCUAUGGGAUCCUGGUAUUUAUAGUUUGUGGAGACACCAGAACUCUUUGGCAGAAGAGGCUAAAGAAAGACCUUAUAAGACUACAAAUACCAUAAUUCCAUAGCAUUGAACCAUGGUACUUCAAAUGGUGUCCAACUGCAUUAAUUCUACUGUACACAUGCAUCCAUCAUUUGAAAAAGUGAUUAAAAUAUCCCCUUCUCUAUUUUGCUUGAUUAACACGCAAACUUACAAUGGGCUUUAAUCAAACUUUUUAAAAACACAAAAAGUGCGAACCAGAAAAAAAAUGGUGAGACUUAUUUAUUGCUUGGUAGUUUAUGAGACCUUUCAGGUCUGAUGUUGUUUAGGGACUCAGCAUGUUUUAAACCAGUCACGAACUGCUUCUAUUGUGCAAGAAUUGUUUUCCUUUUUCAACACUGAGAAGUAAGGUGGGAGCCAUAAACCUUUGCCAGACACACACAGAAAGAAAAAAGGCUUCAAGACUGGAGAAUGGCUUUAUAAAUCUCCAUUGCUUAUCUCUCAGCAUGAAAGGGCUAGUUAGUGCUGGAAAACAGCUUAAAAUACAGCCUCUGCUGAGCUAAACCUAUUUUGCCAUUGAGCAAGCUUCAGAAAACGAACACAAAGACUUGUAGACCAUUUCCAGAUGGGUAGCUUCAUUGUGAGUCUGUUGUUGUGAAGCAGCAAUGAAAAAGUGUGAGAGGAUGUCAAAGAUUCACACACUUUUUGUUGCAGAAGCUUUUGUGGACAAGAGCCUACUCCAUCAAUGAUGAAUCAAUGUGCGGACUGAAAUAAAAGUGCAAGGGGAUUGCAGUUAUUGAAAAAGACUCUCCAGGGUAUCUGGCUGCCUCUGUCUUCCUUGUCAGGAAAUUUCUCAAACCAUGAUUGGUAUCAGGACUUAGCAAAAGGGAACAGUAGUUAGGGAAAUACUGAGAGCCCAUCUACACUUCCAGAUAAUACAGUGGAGGUGGCACAUUAGCCUGGGGUGUCCAAACAACACUCCAGACUAAUGUGAUUCAACCCAGGAUAAACCUGUUAAUCCUGGGUUAAAAAAAUGCCAGCAAAAGUCCCAAUCUGCCUUUGAAAAUGGCUCGGAAGCUCCAACUAGUACAACGGGCGGCAGCCAGACUAAUAACAGGAGUGGCUUACAGGGAGCGUACUACUCCCAUGUUGAGUCAGCUCCACUGGCUGCCGAUAUGCUACCGAGCCCAAUUCAAAGUGCUGGUUUUGACCUACAAAGCCCUAAAUGGUUCUGGCCCAUCUUACCUGUCCGAACGUAUCUCCUCCUAUGAGCCUUCUAGAACUCUUAGAUCAUCGGGGGAGGCCCUGCUCUCGGUCCCACCAGCCUUGCAGGUAAGGCUGGUGGGAACGAGGGACAGGGCCUUCUCGGUGGUGACUCCUCGGCUGUGGAACACCCUCCCCAGCAACAUGAGUCCCUUUUGGGAGAGAGGGCGGUAUACAAAUAAACUUUUACUUACUUACUACUUACUAUACGGCAGAUACCAACUCUCCUAGGCUUCAGGAAAGCCUUAAAGACAUAGUUGUGCAUGCAAGCUUUUAAUGAACGAGAACAUAGACUUUACAUGACCUGUACGAAGACUUAUUGAGGAUUCUGGAUGAAUAGAUUCUAAUCUUGGACAUGCUUAAAAUUUUAUAUAAUGUGAUUUUAUUUUGUUAUGGUAUCUGUUUUAUAUGAACUGUUGUUUUGUAGAUUGUUUU